GGAAGUCGGUUCCCUCGCCGAGAUGAUCCCAGCGUCCGGCCACUGUACUGCGCUUCCGUACUGCUGCUUCUCAAACCGUGGCGGAAGGUGGUCGACCUGAAGGAGGCGAGCGAGGAUUGGGAGACGGCAUAUGGUCGCUUCUACGCUACCGCUUCGGACGCCGCCAAGCGCGUCAUCUCGGGCAUCCAGUACUACUAUGAAUGCCAGUCAGCU